GCAUGAGGCAACCCGAGUUUGUAGCAGAGAAGCGGGUUCGGCUGAGGAGAAGAGACGCGGCAGAAGAGAGCCGUGACGUGUGUCGAAUCGAAGUCGAAAAAGAAUCUUGACGAGACAGACGACAGACGAGGCUGCACGUUGAGCUAGCGCGCGAUGGCGGCACAGUCGCGACCAGGAAACAGGCGGAGAGUGCAGGUGGGAUGCCCAUGGGAUGUGCGACCAGGCCAGUGUCUAGGUCUCAUCCAGUCAACAAGCGAGUGUUCGCUCCAGUGGCAGCUUGCCAGCUUCAGCUCGUCUCACCAGCCAUCUCCAGUCAUGGAAUCGUUUGUUGCCUGCCUGCUUACACUCCGUUCUCCGUACGGGCCCCAUUGCCAGCCAACCCCCCCUGUGUCAGCAUGGCCCCCAUGUCUUGCCCAAUAGCCCUAUCAGUCGCUAGCUCGUGGCUUAUAUUGCGGUACUUUGCUUUGCAACAGGCAGCGGCAACGGGAUUCCGUGGACAGUGGUGGCCGAGUGGUUCCGCCAUUGUUGAUGGCGAUGCAGAUGUAAGGCAAGGCGAUGCGAUGUAUGUUGACGUGGAAGAUGGCCGACGGUGCGGGAGGGGGAAAUCAUCGCCUGAUGAAGGUCGAAUGUCGUCCAUUUUAGGGGCAGUGCAGUGUACUCCAAUGCAGACUGGACGUUCAGAAAGAGGCGAACAGCGUGGCUAAGUUCAUGAGCUCCCGCCCGUCUUGCGCCUUCCUUCACCGGGGGGCUAGGAGCGGGCCGUCGUUCGAACCACACAGGUCGGUGCAAACCUGCAAAGGACGAGAAAUGGAAGGCAUGAAAAUGACGAGCCAUGCCCCGGUUGCAGUGCUUGUUUUCCCUCUUCCCCGUUGGAGGGGUCGCACUCACUGGCGUUUCUGUAGAUUGUAAUUGAU